AUGGCUCCGCCGGGCCCGUGGCUGCUGCUGCUGGCCGCGGUUCUGUGCGCGGCGGCGGCGGCGGCCGAGCCCCGGUGCCCGUCGUGCCCGGCGAGCCCGGAGCGGUGGCUGCUGGAGGAGGUGGCCAAGAAGCAGCUGCUGGAAAAGCUGCGGCUCCGCGAUCGCCCGCGGCUCGCCCACGCCGUGCCCCGCGCCGCCGUGACCCGCGCCCUGCGGCGGCUGCAGGCGGGAGGCGCCCGCCGGAACCCCGGUGGUACCGGGGACGAGGAGGAGGAGGAGCAGAGCUACGAGAUCAUCAGUUUCGCGGAGACAGAUCUCACAUCUCCCUCCAGUUUGGGGCUGCAAUUCCAGUUCAGCCAAGCGCAGGACCAGGACCUUCGCAUCCUGCAGGCUCAGCUCUGGCUCUACCUGCGAGUUCCCCACUCCAGCCUCACCCUGAGGAUCUUCCUGGCCUCCAAAAUCGGGGCUGGGGCAGGGGGCAACCUCACGCUGCUGGGGGAGAGGCGGCUGAGCGCGACGGGCAGCGGCUGGCGCUCCUUCCCCCUCCUACCGGAGCUCCAGAGCUUCUUCUCCAGGCACAGCCGGACCCUGCGGCUGGAACUGGAUGGCAGCAAUGUUACGGCCGAGCUCAAUGCCAGCUGGUCCCACCAGCCCUUCCUGGUGGCCAAAGUGAAGGUGAGGGAGCCCGGACACCGCGUGGCCAAGCGCAGCCUCCGCUGCAGCCAGAAUUCCAAUCUCUGCUGCCGCAAGGAUUUCUACGUGGAUUUCCGCGACAUCGGUUGGAAUGACUGGAUCAUCAAGCCUGAGGGUUACCAGAUCAAUUACUGCGUGGGCCAGUGCCCUCUGCACGUGGCUGGCAGCCCUGGCAUGGCCUCUUCCUUCCACACAGCCGUCUUCAACCUGGUCAAAGCCAACAAUGUCCAAGCCUCGGGGCAUUCCUGCUGCGUGCCCACACGGCGCCGCCCGCUCUCCGUGCUCUACUUUGAUCGCAACAGCAACAUUGUCAAGACUGACAUCCCCGACAUGAUUGUGGAUGCUUGUGGCUGUAGUUAG